AUGGCUUCCUCGUCUACGCCCAUCACCCCUUUGCUCUACUCGUGCAUAGCGCACAACAACACGAUCCUCUCCGAAUGCACGACGUCGGCCUCCUCGCAGACCUCCUCCCUCGCCUCCCUCAUCCUCCCCAAGAUCGAGCACAGCAGCCCCCAAAAGCUGACCUACACCCACGGCUCCCACCACAUCCACUACAUCGCCGAGGCCCCCUCCGACCACCCGGACCACCCCUCCGCCGGCGGUCUCACCUUCCUCGUCAUCGCCGACGCCUCCCUCGGCCGCCGCAUCCCCUUCGGCUUCCUCUUCGAGAUCCGCCGCCGCUUCCUCGAGCAGUUCCCCGCCGACUCCACCGACUAUGCCGAGCUGCCCAACUACGGCGCCGCCAGCUACAACGGCCAGCUCAAGAAGUUCAUGGUCGACUACGGUACCACCUCGGGCGGCAAGGACGACGCCAUCUCCAACGUCCAGCGCGAGAUCGACGAUGUCAGGGGCAUCAUGACCCGCAACAUCGAGGGCCUGCUCGAGCGCGGCGAGCGCAUCGACUUGUUGGUCGACAAGACGGACCGCCUCGGCGGCAGCGCGCGCGAGUUCCGCGUGCGCAGCCGCGGCCUCAAGAGGAAGAUGUGGUGGAAGAACGUCAAGCUGAUGGCGCUGCUUGCGCUGGUCGUCAUCCUCAUCGUCAUGGCGAUUGUGAUUGCAGUGAAAAACUGA